AUGCGAUUUUUCAUUCCUUUCCUUUUAGGCCUGAGCUGGCUCGCCAACGCUGCCUACAUUCCUGCCCUGAGCACCAACAGCACUGGGAUUGUAUCUCGUGAUGUUGGCGGGUACCGCUCAGUGGCAUACUAUGUGAACUGGGCCAUUUACGGUCGUAACUUCCAACCCCAGAAUCUCCCCGCUGAGCGACUGACUCAUGUGCUUUAUGCCUUUGCCAACAUUCGCCCCGGUACAGGCGAGGUCUACCUGUCGGACUCCUGGGCGGAUACUGAUAAGCACUACCCCACUGAUUCUUGGAAUGAUCCCGGAAACAAUGUCUAUGGCUGUGUCAAGCAGCUGUUCCUCCUCAAGAAAAACAACAGCAAGCUUAAGGUUCUUCUGUCUAUUGGAGGCUGGACUUAUUCCACUAGCUUUGCUUCUGCCUUUGAUACCGAGGCUGGACGACAGAAGUUUGCUGAUUCUGCCACGGAGCUACUGAAGAACCUUGGCUUCGAUGGUAUUGAUGUUGAUUAUGAGUACCCUGCGAAUGAUGACCAGGCGGAAAAGUUUGUCGAUGCACUCCGACGGCUGCGUGGGGCUUUGGAUUCCUACAGCUCGGCCAACGCUCAGGGUUAUCAUUUCUUGCUUACUGCCGCAUCUCCCGCUGGCCCGGAACAUUACCGCCAAGAACGCUUGAAGGAAAUGGACCAGUACCUGGACUUCUGGAAUCUCAUGGCCUAUGACUACUCUGGUAGCUGGGACACAGUUGCUGCCCACAGUGCCAACCUCCACGCGUCGACCGACAACCCCUCCAGUACCCCAUUUAAUACGGACCAAGCAAUCGACUACUACACCGCGCAAGGUGUGGCCGCUAACAAGAUCGUAAUGGGUAUGCCACUUUACGGGCGAGCGUUUACCAACACCGACGGUCCGGGAAAGCCUUACAAUGGCGUUGGAGCAGGCACAUGGGAGAACGGUGUGUGGGACUACAAGGGUCUGCCACUGAAUGGCUGUGCCGUGACAGUCUUGGAUCAACCGGGUGCAAGCUACUGCUAUAACAAAGAUAGCCGACUGUUUGUCAGCUACGACACACCCGAGAUUGCGCGUAAGAAGGCGCAGUACAUCCAGUCCCGUGGGCUUGGCGGUGGAAUGUGGUGGGAGAGUAGCUCUGACAAGACUGGCGCGGACAGUUUGAUUACAACUGUUGUUAAUACACUUGGAGGUGUUGGUGCUUUGGAGCAGAGUGCCAACCAACUCCACUACCCUCAGUCCAAGUACGUUAAUUUGAAGAACGGCUUCCCCUAG